UCAACUAAAUCUACAACAUCUCAUAACUAUCCACUCUAACCUAUUACUCCGAAACUAUCUUCUGUAGCAGGCCAUCCCAUAUUGUUUGUCAAAAGCUCUUUCUGAUGCAUAAUAGAUUUAGUGCAAUAUGUCUACCCCAGAUUCAGGUACCAUAGAUACUGAGACGCCGAGCUUGACGAAUACCAACGUUCAAACCCCUGCAGGCAACGAAGGUUCACCAAACAACGAUGAAACAGAAGUGAAGAAUGCGAAGGUUGAUGAGGAGCCUACAGGAUCUGACAAACAGGAAAACAAUGCGACAUCCAAAGACCUGCCGGCGACUGAGGAAGGGGAAAUUGUCACUUCUGGUAAUGGUACGUGUGUGAUUGAGAACCAAAAUACAGAGAGUGCUUUGUUCGAAAAUCCUGCUGCCGCAGACGGUCCGCCAUUACCAGAAGAACCUCUUCCGCCCCUUCCAAAUGAACAACCUCCAGCUGCUACACAAGAAGAUGAUGGUUGGGCACCAGUUUGGGAUGAGACAAAUCAAGCUUUCUAUUUCUACAAUCGGUUUACCGGAGCUACGCAGUGGGAUAACCCACGUGUUCCUGAGGUUGCGCAGCCUGGUCCUCCAGGUAUUCCAUCAACAAACUCUGCUGUUGCCCCUACAGAAAGCGAUCCAACUUCUCGUCCAGCCGGUGGUUAUGAUCCUGCCAUCCAUGGAGAUUAUGAUCCAAAUGCCUGGUAUGCCCAAUCAGCAGCAGUCGAAGAGCCAGCAGCUACAAGAUUGGAUCCAGCCGCUGUCUAUGCGGCAACUGGCCAAUUUAAUCGAUUCACAGGACGUUGGCAAGCGGCAGAACUCAAUCCAGAGAACUUCAAUGAUGAGAAUAAGAGUAAAAGACAAAUGAGCGCUUACUUUGAUGUCGAUGCCGCGGCAAAUAAUCAUGAUGGUCGAAGUCUGAAGGAAGAACGCAGCGGCAAGAAACUGUCAAAGGCAGAACUAAAGCAAUUCAAGGAGAAGAGGAAACAAAAAAAGGAAGAGAAACGUAGGGCAUGGUUGAGGGACUGAGGUCACAGAUUUUAUUUUUUGCAUGGAUCGGCGUUGCGUGAGGAUUACACAAGGAGGGGCUAAAUCUGGAGUUCUUGGAUGGCUUUGGAAGAGAGGGUUCCCGGGAACAACAUUGAAAUUAAAGAAUUCACAAAUAAAAAACCAUUUAAUUUUUCACCAUUCUUUAUUUCCC